AAUAAACCUCACAGGAAACCUAAUAAGGGAAACUAUUGAGUAUAUCAAGCUUCCACACACCUUAGGCCAAGCAGAUUUCGGUGCAUAGAGUCGGAAUGGGGUUAUAAACUCAAGAGACUUUUUUUUAAUUUGGUCUGGCAACUUUUUUCUAAAUUGCAAAACCAUUGCAGAACUUUUUUGUUGCAAAAAAGGUUAAUUAUGGGGGCAGUAUUUUUCUAUCAAACGGUUUUGCUCAGCGAUAUUAAAGUUUUUUGCAAUCAUUUUGCAACAGAGCUUAAAUUGAUAGAUUGAAAAUAUUAUUUUGCUUUAUACAACAUGAGCCAUUCAUUUCAAUUAUAUGAACUUCUUACUUAUUCUUUUCUCAAUUUAGAUUUGUAUGAACCAAUAAUGUGUGUUUAUUACACUGAACAUAAUCAAGCUCCUCAAACUUGUACAGCACCUUGUUUGUCAUCCAGUUCAAAUGUUCACUUAUGCUUUUCCUAUUACUAGGGGACACAGAAAGUAGUCGCACUCAAGCUAACAAGACUCUCCAAAAAGCAAACUUUCACAAGUGAACAAUUUUCAAAGCUGCCCAAUCUAAGAUUCUUGGAAUUAGAGGGCGGAGACUUUGCUGGGGACUUCCAGAAUCUUCUCUCAAAGUUAACAUGGUUAACUUGGGUUGGUUGCCCUUUGGAUUUAAGUGCAACGAAUUUGUGCUGGAGAAAUUAGUCGUGCUCUUGCUUAGCCGUAGUGAUAUUACUGAAGAUUGGGCCGGAUGGAAGUCAUGCCUGGUGAGUGAGAACUUGAAAGUUAUAGAGAUCUAUUUUGGUACAAGCAUGAAAAGGAUUCCCGACUUCUCGAAAUGCUCAAAUUUGAGGAGAUUGACUAUUCAAUCAUGUGCAAGCUUGCUAGUAAAUGAUGGCUCUCUCUCUCAACUAGAGCACCUAAAGUACUUAAAAAUCUGCUCUUGGAAUAUUGUGACCCUUUAUAGCCUGAUAGAGGCAAAUCGUUGUGAUGACCUUUUUCCAAAACCUUCUAUAUUUGGUAGUCUGAAAUCCCUAUCAACGCUAAUAAUAAAAGGGAUGUCCAUUCAUGAACUUCCACAUUCCAUUGGAGAGAUGACAAGUUUGAAUGAAUUGUCUUUGACUAAUUCUAAUUUGCCUAAACUUCCAAAUUCCGUAGGAGGUCUUAGAAUGUUGAGGACGAUGACACUUACAGACAGUUGGAUAGCGAAGCUACCGAAGACAAUAGGAGGAUUAGAGUCUUUGCUUGAGCUAGAUUUGACCAGAACAAGAAUUAGAAAAUUACCUGCGUCUAUUGGGAAUCUUAAAAAGUUGAGGAAGAUGAGCAUGCUUCGAGGCUCCUAUAAAGAAGCUACCGAAGGAAAUAGGAGGGCUAGAAUCUUUGCUAGUGCUAGAUUUGAACUACACAAAGAUUACAAAGUUACCUACUUCUAUUGGAAAGCUCAAACAAUUGGAGAUUUUAGGUGUAAUUGGUACUGCGAUUAG